GGUUCUGGCUCUGGGCGGGGUCUGUGCAGCCUGGGCGGGUCGCGCGCGGGGGCAGCGGAGGUCUCUCUUCACUGCGUUACACUGCAUUGCAGCACCCCCCCCCGCCCCUGCAGUGCCGCCUCCUUGCGUUGCACCCCCCAGGAGCGCGCUCAGGGUAGGAACCGAGUGGAACCGGGGGGGCCCUGCUGCUCUUGUCUCUGUGCUGUCCACACCGCCAACAGGAUGCAGCGGAGAUGAUCGCGGAGCCCAGCAGUGGCAUCGCCGCCAGCCACCAAGAAAAUUCUAUCCAUGAUGAGACUGUUCCUGAGUCCACUGUACAGAACGGCAGCUGUCUGAGAAAUGGCAAUCUGAAAACUCCAAGAGGAAAAAGGAAGGUCCAAGAGCAGUGUGAAAACAUAAGAAGAAAUUCUUCCAGUACCAGAAGAGCAAGCCAGCUGCAGAAUGGCCAAGUGGUGGAAGCAGUUACGUUGUUUGAGGUGGUCAGCAUGGGCAAGCGUGCUAUGCAGUCUGUGGUAGAUGACUGGGUUGAAGCAUAUAAACAAGAUCGAGAUGUGGCACUCCUGGAUCUGAUUAACUUCUUCAUUCAAUGUUCAGGCUGUCAAGGAAUGGUGACAGCUGAGAUGUUUCAAAGUUUACCCAAGAGUGAUGUAAUACAGAAAAUGACAGAGACCUUUGAUGAGGAAACAGGGUUGCAGUACAAGAAAUUCAUGGCAUAUCCUUGGAUUCUGACGGUUACUUGGCCAGUGGACAUGGACAAUGAAGACUAUCCCCUCAUCAAGCCAGGACCCUACUGGAAGAAGUUCAAAGCCAAUUUCUGCGAGUUCACUGCAGUGUUGAUUCAGCAGUGCCAGUGCAGCAUCCUUUAUGAUAGUUACCUAAUGGACACAGUCAUCUCGCUGCUCACAGGGCUAGCAGACUCAAUGGUCAGAGCAUUUAGGCACACCAGCACUUUAGCAGCUUUGAAGCUUCUGACAGCUCUUGUAAGAGUACGUCUGAAUCUUGAUGUCAGUAAACAUAAUACUCAAAGGCUGUAUGAGGUGGAGAAGAAUAGGAUUACUGGCAAGAGGACCAACUGCAGGUUGGAUCAGCUAGAGAGAAAAAGGAAAGAGUGUGAGCAGAAACCCCUGGAAAUACAGAAUAUGAUGAAUGCAAUUUUCAAAGGGACAUUUUUACAACGCUAUCGUGAUGUGAUUCCUGAGAUCCGGGCUAUUUGCAUUGAAGAAAUUGGUAGCUGGAUGAAAAUGUACCCUGAUACAUUCUUAAAUGAUAGUUACUUGAAAUAUAUUGGAUGGAUGCUUUAUGAUAAGCAAGCCGAAGUGCGAUUGAAGUGUCUUCUGGGACUUCAGGGAAUUUAUAGCAGAAAAGAGCUUGUUUCCAAAAUGGAUCUCUUUACUAGCAGAUUCAAGGAUCGAAUUGUGUCCAUGACUCUGGACAAGGACCAUGAAGUAGCAGUUCAAGCCAUGAAACUCCUGAUGCUUAUGUCACAGAACUGUGAGGAUGCAUUGUCAUCUGAAGACUGUGAAACCUUAUACCAGUUUGUUUAUACGACACACAGACCACUGGCAGUAGCAGCUGGGGAAUUCCUUUAUAAAAGGCUGCUUAAUAAUCAGGGAGAUGGAGAAGGUCUGCCCAAAAGUAGAGGGAAAUUUGAGCCCAGUGCCAGUCACUUGAGAAUUCUAAUAGCUUUCUUCUUGGAGAGUGAGCUACACAAACAUGUUGCAUACCUUGUAGACAGCCUAUGGGAUUGGGCGGCCAGUCUGUUGAAGGAUUGGGCAUGUAUGACGAGCCUUUUGUUGCAAGAUUCUGAAGAAGACGGAGCACUGAGCGGGGCCCAGGAAAGUGCACUGAUUGAAAUAAUCCUAGUGACUGUUCGAGAAGCUGCUGAAGGUCACCCUCCCGUGGGCAGAGGAGCAGCCAAGAAAAUCCUGUCAGUGAAAGAAAAGAAAAUACAAUUGGAAGAUUGUACCAAAAUUACUGAACACUUUAUUGUGGUUCUUCCUCAGCUCUUGGCAAAGUAUUCAGCAGAUGCUGAAAAAGUGGUAAACCUCUUGCCAAUCCCUCAGUAUUAUGAUUUAGAGGCUUACAGUACUGGACAUCUGGAAAAGCAUUUGGAUGCUUUGCUCAAAGAGGUGAAAGACAUUAUGUGCAAACACUCAGACAUGGAUGUCCUCGAGGCGUGCUCUAGGAUGUAUGACAUCCUCUGCAGUGGAGAUCUGGCCAUUCACAACAGAGUGGAUCUUGCUAGGACUCAACUGAUAGACGAGUUGGUGGACCAGCUUAACCAGCUGCUGCAUGACUCUUGGCGUGAGGAGGAAGGUCUUUGUACAGGUGAAGAAGGAAUUUCCCGAAUAUGCUCUGCUUUGAGAAGAAUAGCAGCUUUUCAUAAUGCACAUGACCUUGCCAAGUGGAAUCUCCAUGACAAGACUUCAGAGCUGCUGGUUUUUGAAAUGGAGCAUGGAAGUUUACCUGUUCAGAUGAUUCUACCAGCUUUACAGUGCACAUACUUUGCUCUCCUGUGGCAGCUGGUUGCAGUUGGGGAGAGGCCUUCUUCCAAGGAGACUCUCUUGGCAUUGAGAAGGGAGUUAAGACUUUUCUGCCAGAUCUGCACAUGCUACCUCAGCCAUAAAAACAAGGAUUUAAGUGAAAAGGCCUUCAUGAUACUCUGUGAUUUGCUGCUGAUCUUGAGUCAUCAAAAUUCAAGCUCUGAUGAAGCUGUAGGUCUCCUGGAGUAUCUUCCCAGCAUGUCCCUUCAGUCAAAAAUGCUCUUGUUUAUCCAGGAUCAUGUGUUCACGGAGGAGGAGGAAGAAUUCAAAGACUUGACAGAAGAGGAAGAGAGGACGAAGGAAGGCUACAAACUGAACGACUUGCAUAGGAGAAGGAGCCUUCUUGCAGUUUAUUGCAAGCUAAUUGUGUGUAACGUGGUGGAGAUGGUUGCAGCAGCUGAGAUCUAUAAGCAUUAUAUGAAGACUUAUAAUGAUUUUGGAGACAUAAUUAAAGAGACACUGAGUAGGACAAGGCACAAUGAUAAGAUUCAGUGUGCGAAGACACUGGUUCUUUGUCUGCAACAGCUGUUUCAGAAGCACAUCAAUGCUCUUGGCAGUAGCAACAGCAUGGAGUUUUCAUCCACCUCCUUCAUGAACAUUAAGGAGCUUGCUCGUCGCUUCUCACUGACAUUUGGUUGGGACCAGGUGAAAUCCAGGGAAUCAGUAGCUAUGAUACACAAGGAAGGGAUUGAAUUUGCCUUUCAGAAUGCUGCAGUAGAAGGAAAAUGCGUGCCUCCAAAUUUACACUUUCUGGUAAUCAUCAGUGAAUUCUCCAAUAAACUACUAAAGCCUGACAAAAGACUAGUGUAUGGCUACUUACAGAGAUACAUAACAGAGCCAGGGUUCUGCAAAGGAGAUGAAUGGCACCCCUUGGUUUGGUACAGAAACUCUUUGCUUGCGAAUGAAGAGGAGGAGAGCACUGUUACUGGCGUUGUAGGAGAGUGGUCAUCCAUGAGCCCAUCUAAGAUAUCUGCCUUUAAGAGGAAGUUAUCUAAUGGGUCUUUACUUGAAACCAGCCCUGCUGAGGCAACAAACAAGACUCCAGAUUUCCAGUAUACUUUGCAACUUGCUUCCCCAGCAAGGAAGAGCAGAAAGAGGUUGAAGGCUCAAGAAACUCCUCGCCCAGAAUAUCUACCAUUCCUGUGUCCAGCGGGACCAAAGAGAAGAUGCAGCCAAGAUAUGAUCAAGACAGAAAACUUCCCAGAAGAUGUAGGUGAAGAUGUUGAUGUGGAUGUGGUUGGCACAGACCAGGGUUGAGGGGGAGCAGGUUGAAGAAACCGAAGCUUAAGAACACAUUGCCAUUUUUUCUGCCAGUUGGACAUCUGCUAAACUGAAGGACUUAAGAGGCACUGACCUUUAAGGCAACUGGAGGAAUAUCUUGACAUACUUAAAGGCUAAACAGCAAAUAGUACCCUGGCCAAAUUGUCAACUUCAGAUUUGUCUGGCUGGAAGAAAUUACCACUUUGGUAGAUGUCUACACUUCUGACUAUUCUGUAUACCAUGGCUGUUGUUAGGCUUCUGGUGCUAUGGGUGUUACAAACCUUGUAGUCAAAUAUUACUGAUUUUCUUGUUCUGCCUCAUUGUCUUGUAAAGAAUGCCAGGCUAAGAAUUGGAGUCAGGUUAGUUUAAAUACUGUGAUUAAAUGAAGAGCCUGUGGGAUAGUACAGUGACAAUAUAACUUCCUAAAGUUUUAGGAAUUUUGGAUUAAUAUUCUCUUGGACACACAGCUCUUCACUCUGAGGCCACAAAUUCUAUUCCAAAAUAUUUGUCCUGAAGAGGCAGGAUGCUCACUUACUAUGUAAUGUAUAACCAAGAUACAGUGUAGUUUAGUGGAUAGAGCACUGGGCAGGGUCUCAAAGCUGGGUUCUCUUCCCUGCUCUGUAUCUGGAGCAACUUCACUUUCCUGUGCUAGUUUAGGUUAAGGGACCUUUUUUAUUUUUUGCAACUGUGUAUGACACAGGCCAGGCUCCUGGGAAUCUCAUUCAGGUUUCCAGUCCCAAAAACAAGGUAAAUGGACCAGGGACAGGAGCAGGGAUGACUGAUGCCAGGGGAGAAUGUUUAUGUGCAAUAAGAAUCUGCUGUUUCUCCAAUGUGUAAUUUGAAAACACACAGCUGUGCACUGCGGAGUACAAUGUAGAUGUAGACUGUUUAAAAAUGAUGUUUUUAAGAUGAUCUUUUCCAUAUUUUAAAUGUAUGUUGAUGCCACUUUUUCAUCUAUUCAUUUGAGAGGCAAGUACCUUCCAAAAGGCAGUAAGCUGGGGAGGCCUAACUACAGGUCAGUUGCAUCAUAUGUGCAUUUAACUUACGCGAAUUCAACUAUAUGCGGGGUGGGGCUUGAGUUUGCAUGUGGCGCUGCCGCUUACCUGGAGGCCCAUUAUGGUGGUGAUGGCCACUGCCUCCAAAACCUCCCACUGUCACCAUAGAGCUGUGGCCAGCUGCCGAGCGGCAGUGUGGUGGUGGCCGGGUGGCAAUGCAGCUAUCCCCACCACCACCACCCUGUGCUGCACAGCUGUAAGCACGGCUCUGCGUUGGCGGUGGGAGGUUUUGGAGGCAGAGGCAGUCACUGCUGGCGUGGUAUUUUGAUUAUACACAAUUUUUGCCUUAUGCGCUGACUUGAACCUAAAUCCCGCGACUCCACUGUAAUUACUUCCCCAGUGAUGUGUUGCACUGUAUCCACCUCGCUUAUCAGCUUUGUUAAUUUCAGACUUAUGCUUUUCUCUUGUUUUGGAUUGUUGCUGUACAUAAUAAAGUGUCAAAACUAAACUUUUCCCCACCCUGAAGUCACUCUUAACUCUUUAAAAUUGAGCAGGGAAGUGAACUAGCUGGCAAGCCUCAGCAUCAAAACUUAAGUUUCUGAAAUAUAUUGCUUAGCCUCUAUUUUAACUGACCCAGCUGACUGUAUUUAGGGCCUAGUCUCUGCAGUUGGGGCAACUGGCUGUAACUCUAACUUGAAUCUGCCUGUGGAUGUAAUUUGCACUAACAUGCAUUCUUCAAUCCUGUCUUCCCUCGGGGAGAGGCAGAGGCUCUAGAACAGGAAAUAGACUUCAACCACAUUAAUCUUUCCUCUCAGCUGGUGAUAGAGCAUUUGGCAUGUUCAAGAGAUGCUCUCUGUCCCAAUUGGCUCCACCUUUUCUCCAUCCAUUUGAUGGCUACCUUAUCUGCUUCAUCUUAGGCUGGGUAAGAAUCUGAAGACACCCAUCCAGCAGAGCUAGGGGAUGACUCAUUCUCUCGUCACAACUGCCAGUGACAAUGAUGGGGAAUGCAUGUGAACAAACUCCCAACUGUGGGGUGCCUAUACACCACAAAAGCCAUAAAAAGCUUAUUUUUUGCCAGGAGCCAUUCUGGUCUGGAGGAAACCUUUACCUAAGUACUCAUGCUGUAUUCAGGAUGUCCCCUGCAUGCCUUCCUGCCAGUCCCCGAUUCUACAAGCAUCCCCCAAAACUAGACAGGACACAAAAUAAUUAACUCCUGGGUAGCCAAGGCAAUUCUGGUCCCAACACAUUCGGCUGGUGUCUUGGAACCCAGUUUUUUGGAAGGAACUGUAGGCUUCACCCUAAUCUUGGAACUUCUGAUCCAAGACCAAGCAAAAGAACCUCAUUUAGAGCUAUACUG